AUGACCAUCGGGACGGAGCACUGCUCAUCCUGUGCCACCCUCAAGGCCAUCGUCAAGCUUGUGCCCAUUGUCGCCGCCACUGAAUGGCUGGUCACCCCCACCUGCAUCCCACACUUGAGGUGCCCCCACCCCAUGGAAGUGGGUCGAGCCCGAGCCACUGGCUCCUGGGCCUUGGGAGAGACCUUCCUCCCCACAGGAGUCUCCCGGCUCAGCAGUUCCAGCCAUGAGAGCUCCCAACCACUAGAGGUCCAGCGACGUGCAGUUCCGGCCACGGGCUCCAGUGCUGGCCAUGGGUUGGGCUGGCCCGUGGGUGCCCAGGGCCCACAGGAAGGCAUGGAGGCCGCAUGGCUGGCGUCAGCCUGGAGGCUGGAUGGCUCCAGGGAGGGUGGCGCCACCUGGCGGCUGCAUGGCCGCCGGAACCUUCACCACCGUGGGGACCUGGCGGGCCAGAGGGACCCUGUGCCUCCCCAGCCACCCCGGAUCCCACACUGGUGCCUGCAUCCCCGGGUCCUGGGACCCUUCCGGUGUGGCUUCCAGACCCGCGGGCUCUCGGUGCGGCGGUGCUUCCAACAGCGGCCACUAGGGGUGCUCUGCCGGAGCGGACAGAGGGUGGCUGAGCAGUCAGGUGGGCGAGUCUGGGCGGCUGACUCGGCUCGGCCGGAAUGUUCUGGCCGCACCCUGCCCCUGCCUGCCCUCACCCCGCCCUCGUCCCCAGGCACUGCUGGCCCUGUGCCCACCCGUGUCGGGAGCCCCACUGGGCACCAUUGCCAUGCUGUGGCCACUGGCAUCCUGAUGUCUACCUGGGGUUGGUGCUGCCGCUGCCGCCACCACCAUGGCAGGAAGCCCAGGGACUAGGAGGCUGUGGGCCUGGGCAGCACCUGUGGAACCACUGCCACCCACCUUGUACAGCCAGAUGUGGAUGACCUGGCGGGUAGCCUGGGGGGCCGUCAGCACUGGGGGUGCCUGCUGCUGUCCCUCGAGUAUGACUUCGGGAGUGAGGAGGUGAGGGGCUGCCCCCUGCCUAGGCCUUGA